AUCUUCAGCUGGGGUGGAUGGACUAACUGCUGGAUGACAACACGAACACGGUCUGUUGUGAGCUGCUGGUUCAUCGGUCAAGGAUUAGAUGGAGGAGGCAGCAGAGACUGCACAGCUGAGGCAACCAAAGGUUCAGGAUGGUGGUACCCCAGUCCGGCACUCAGAAACCAAGCGUUACAGUGAGAUAUUACGUGAUUUUGACGCUAACUUGGAUCUCUCAUUGACAUGCUCGACUGUGGAUGAGCUGCUACUAGAAGCAGACUCGCUGUCUUUAACAGACACUUCAGCAGACACCACGCUCAACGCUGAUCUGGAUGAUAUUACAGGUGAAGAUGUGGAGUCGUUGAAGAUCUGCCGUGAAGAGGAGGAAAAACGGAGCUGUCACCGACAGGCUUCUGUCAGUCCUGAGCUGGGUUUAGCUUGCAGAGUGAGGCAUGCACACGGUCCGUUGAUGCUGAUGUAUUCCCCCUCAGCCCAGGAUGCCGACCUGACCCUGUGUCGCUGCGAGGGCGGCGUGGAGCUCGCCCUCCAGUACGCCAAAAUGUGGUGCCGUUACGCCAAAGACCUCCUGACCUGGAUGGACAAAAGAAUCAGCCUGGAGCAAGAGUUCGCAAAGAGUAUUAUGAGAGCAGCAGAUGCGGCCAAGUCAUGCGUCGCUCAACAGGACAUGAUGCCUCUGCAGAUCAUCUACACACAGGCUCUGGAACAUGAUAUCAAAAGCAGCACAUCAGCCAAACAAACAGCUGAACUCAUUCAGCAGCGCUGCUACCAGGCUCUGUCAGCCAAGAAGAACGAAAUCGACAAGUGGCGACGGGAAUUCAAAGAGCAGUGGUCAAAAGAGCAGAAGAGGAUGAAUGAUGCAGUGUCUGCGCUGAAGAGAGCAAGACAGCAAUACCUGCAGCGCUGUGAGGAGCUGGAGAAGGCCAAAGCCAUGACGGCCAAAGCUGAAGAGGACACAGGGGGUUACAAAACCCUGGACAAGAGGAGGAAGUCCAGAGAUGACGCCCAAACCAAGGUUACAGAGACCGAGAUGCUCUACAGGCAGUGUGUGUGCGAGGCUAACAACCAUCAAAAAGAGCUGGAUAAGGUGAAGCGCAAAAUCAUUGUCCACAUUCGCAAGCUCAUCUGCCAAGGAGACACUGUGCUAAAAGAGGCAACGGUGAACAUGUUUUAUUACCAGCGGCAGCAGACCGAGCAGGUUCCUCUGGGCUACCAGAACUUAGAACUGACCUGCAGGCCCUGCGAUCCAGGAGAACCCUACCUGCACUACAUCCUGGGGAAGAACCUGCCCGAACAACCUCUCCAGAACUUCAUAUUUCAGGAGUUCACCCCCCAGAACAAGAGAUCCCCACCGACAGGUCGACGUAAACAGAGCACUGCUCUGAGUUAUCAACAAGAUUCGUACGUGUUACCAGAGGAACUGAAACACAGCAGCAGUUUAGUAGAUGGACGACGCCCCGGUCACAGCGACAGAGACAGCACCGGAGGAAGUCUUGAGUCGCUGUCCAGUCCAGCUUAUGGGAACCGUAAGCUGCCCAAGGCCUCCUCCACGGGAACCAUGUCUUCAGAUGAUCUUGAUGAGAAAGACUCUCUGCAAGAAGCAGAGAGCGAAGAGGGUUUGUCUGACAGCAACGGGAUGACCUGCAAACCACGAAAUGCGUCCCGUGCCGCACUGACUCACAGACUGAAAAAAAUGAAGAGCAAGAUGGUCAAGUGUAAGCAAUGUGACAAUUACAUCCUGGUCAACGGGAUUGAGUGCGAAGAGUGUGGCCUUGCAGUCCACAGGAAGUGCCUGGAGGUGUGCCAGUUGGAGUGCGAGCACCGGAGAGGCUUCAUCUUUGGGAUGGAGUUCUCCCUGCUGCCCCGGGAGAGCCAGGACUCUGUGCCCUUCGUAGUCCUGCGCUGCACGGAAGAGAUUGAGAACAGGGCUCUCGGAGUCCAGGGGGUUUACAGAAUCAGUGGAUCCAAACCUCGCAUUCUGAAGUUAUGUCAGGCUUUCGAAAUUCAGAAAGACCAAGUUGACCUUAGUGACCUCUCGCCUCAUGACAUCAGUUCCGUACUCAAGCAUUUCUUCAAAGAGCUUCCAGAGCCGUUGCUCACCUUUGACCUUUACAACGACUUCAUCGGUGUGGGCAAGGAGAUUCAGAGGCUUAGUGAAAAGGACCACGCAUCCGAGACUGCUGGGAUUGUGACGAGCACUGUGGCCAAACUCAAAGAGCUCAUCGGACGACUGCCUCUGUGUAACUACAACGCAGUGCAGCACAUGAUGGCCCACUUGAACAGGGUUGCAGAACAUUAUGAGGACAACAAGAUGUCUCCAGGAAACCUCGGCAUUGUGUUCGGCCCCACUCUCCUGCGGCCCCUGGUGUCAGGAGACGUGUCUAUGAUUGCUCUGCUGGAAACCAGCUACCAGGCUCUUCUCGUGGAGUUUAUGAUCUCAAACUACGAGCACAUAUUCGGUCCCGCCACGAGAUCCAGCACGCCUCCUCCACCGCCUCCCACGGCACCGCUCCCAGACACCCCUCCUCCCAGAGCCUCGUGUCCCUCUCAGGACCCCGAAGCCACGGGCAGGGAGCGUCCGCGCUCUCUGGAGAAUCGCACUAUCAAGAGAGAAUCAAGUGAGGGUUAUAUUUCUGACAAGUCAUCCUCCAAUGAAGCAAUGGACCAGCUGAGCCCAGAAGCCAUUGAGAGAGCAGUCCUGGCUCUGAGGGCCGCGGCAUCUCCUCAGGUGCAUUCGGAGCAGGCUGCGGAAAGUCAAUUGCAAACUCAGUCGAGGGCUCACUUCAGCAGGCAGCCAGUGAAGUACCACAGGCAGGGUUCGGCAGGAGCGCAGCUACGCAAAGCCAGCUCUCAGUCGUGGGACGAGGACAUUUCCGGGAGCAGGGAAGCACUUGCGUCGAGAAGUGCGCGCAGCAGUCGCAGCUCCUCUCCCGAGCUCAAGGGUCCCAUAAAAACUCACUGCCGAUUGCACGAGACCCCUGCCCCGCAGGAUACGGCUGCAUGCACCCCUGAGAGUCAGGCCGCGGUGAAAAACAGUGUAUGGGAUGAGGGGGUUGAAGCUGUAGCUUCUGGACCAAUGGGAAAACUAAAUACCAACCAAUCAAACAACGCCAUGGGGGGGAGAGAGCGCCUGAUCCGAUCCCUGAGGAGGCACCCGACAGAGGAGAAACUGGCCCAAAAGGUUCUGUCCGGACUGAAGCUUAAACGCAGUGAUUCAGGGAGGGGCGAGCAGCUUCAUUUUGUUUGACAGCGACUGAAACAACUUGUCUCGUUCACUUAACUUCUGGGGUUCCUUAAUUUCACUGGAGCGCAUCCCACUUUGCCGAGUAUUUUUAGCACAGCUGUACAUUUUUAGUUUCCCUGCUUUGCGGCACAUGACGUACGGUGCGGCUAAAUCACAGCACAGAUGGUAGUUCCCUUUCUCACUGGAAAUUUGGCACAGAUUUACCUGUGUUUCUUUGAGAUGCAUAGACUGCCUGUCUUGUAUAGAUGUUGGAUGCUGAAUCAUGAGUCCUUCGGGGAUGAAUAUGCAAUAUAUGGAAACAGAA